AGCCAAGCCUUCCCGCAGGCAAACACAACCGACCACCUCGCCCACUCGCCGCCUCCUCCUCCACCCUCGCCCCCGAUCAGCCUCCGCCUCGGGGGACCCCCGGGAACCCUAGCGGCGGCGCGGGUCCUCCUCCCGGCAGACGCGGCGAAGGCGGGGAGCUCCGUCCAAGGCGUCGGCCGUCGUCCCCGCGCGCGGUGCAGGGGCGCCGAGCUGCGCUGAGGCGCUGCCCGGGCCCGAUUCCCCCCAGAUCCGAGCAAUAUUGGGCGGGUCUCAAUUCAAGGACGAUUUCAAUGGGUCCAGCAAAAGGUUCUCGGACAAUCCACAAGAUCACAAUAAAAAGACACGAGGAUCGACAGCAUCAUGAGGAUCCAACUAGUUCAAGCAAUGUGAAACUUAAAAUUUCUCAGAAGAGGAAGAGGUCAGACUUAGAUCUCCACUGGAGCAAGGAUGAGCUGAUGCACUUUUAUGAAGCCUACCGGCGGCAUGGAAAGAAUUGGAAAAAAAUCAGUGCAGUAGUUGGCAGCAAAUCGGCAGACACUGUAGAAGCUCUUUACUAUGUGCAUCGGACUUUCUUAUCUCUUCCGGAGCGUGAAGGUACUGCCAGGGGAUUUAUUGCAUUGGCUGCUGGUCAUGACAAUGCUUUGGAAUCUCCAAGUCAUAGAGAAACUGAUCAGAUGGUUAGAUCAUCUGGGAAGGGACGGAGACGUGGAGAAGCUGCAUGGCAAAAAGAGAAUGCAGCACCUAACCCUCACAACGCCUUCACAAAUCAGGAAAUGAGAAUUGCUGGCUUUACAUCUUCUUUCAAGAAAAGAUACCAUGGAGAACUUGUCAGGUACAUCAGUAGACAUCCUGUUCGGAAACGUACUCCUCGUGUACCAGUUUUACUUCCUUUGGGCAUCAAUGCUACAAACAAGGCUAAUGAGGAGAUAAAUAAUGAUGGAAGCUCUCCUGAUGGAAGUUCAGGAAUCACUGAAGCAAAGGUUGUUCAGGGCCAGACUUUCUUGGAAAUCAAAGGAACUGAAGAUACUGAGAUAUCUCAGUCCCAGCAACAUUUAAAUUUGAAGAAGAGAAGAAUUCAGCAAAGCAUGGACGAAGGCCAGACCAGCAAAGUUGAGCCUGGUACCACGAUGGUGGCUGAAAAAGAAGGGCAUAACUUAUCUGAUUAUGAGAGACUUAGUCGGUUAUUUUCUCCAGAGGAGAUGAUGGUCUUAGACGUGUUGGAGAGUCUGGUGACUGUGCCCAAUGAAACGUCACAGGCCAAGAUUAAUAGUCCUUCAGGUACAUGUGGAAAGAGAAUUUCUGCAUCAUCUAACACACAGGAGGAAGGGCUUUCUCCUGUCUAUCAAUCUAAACAAACGAAGCAAGAUAGUGAUUCCAGUGCUUCAGCGGAAAGGAAAAAAAGGAGAAAGAAGUUACCAGAUGAAGAGGUGCUGGCUGAAGAACAAAUCAGUUCUGGUAAUACUUCAGUUAUACCACAAGCAUGUCAGCUUGAUACCACGGAGCAGCCCUCCUUGAAUUCUGACUUUGAGAAAGAAGCAAUAGAUAUACCUGAAUCAACUGCAAAUAUUUGUGCUGAAGUAUCCCCUGAUGCACCGAUGGAAAUUGACCCUCAAAUAAGUAUGUCAAGGAAGAGCAAAAGAAAAUCCAAAGUACAAUGCAAAAGAAACUAUGUGUUUUGCAAUGAAGGUGCCGAUAAUUUACAGGCAAAGAAAUUGCUGCAUUGCUUGUCAUCUGAAUCACUUCGUAGAUGGUGUACAUACGAGUGGUUCUACAGCGCAGUUGAUUAUCCAUGGUUUAUGAAUAAUGAAUUUGUGAACUACUUAAAUUUUGCAAAAUUGAGCCAUCUUUCAAGGCUCACUCGAUCUGAGUGGAGCACAAUCCGAAGUUCUCUCGGCAAGCCCCGUCGCUUUUCCAAUCAUUUCCUGGCAGUAGAAAAGGAAAAACUUGAGGAUUAUCGACAAAACGUUAGGAAAUACUAUGCCGAACUAAGUGAUGGUUUGCGGGAUUCUCUACCAACAGACCUAGCUCGGCCUUUUUCAGUUGGCCAGCAUGUCAUUGUUCGUCACCCGAGUACCAGAGAACUUGCUGAUGGUAAAGUGGUAAUCAUGGAGCGGGAUUGUUACAAGGUCCAGUUUGAUAGCCCUGAUCUAGGUGUUGAUAUAAUUAAGGACACUGAUUGUAUGCCUGUAAACUGGUUGGAUAAUCUGCCUGACGAUCUCAAGAAGAGGAGCUCCCUCUCAAAUAAUGCACACCGCAAACCGGAUUUUGAGCACAUUCCGGAGCUUACUUCAAAGGAGAGCUGGGGUAAUAUCAUGAAUGACAUUUCCGUACCUGAGUCGUCCAGUAGUCGACAGGCUUCAUCUUCUGUGGGCGGUGAACUGCUACCCACCAAGAGUACCACCAUUUGUAGAUCUACACUGCCACCAUUCCACCCACUUCAGUCCGCCGCCGACAGUUUACAAUCAAGGGGUCGCUCAAACAACAACAGUGGUCAGAGUGAUGAACUGGAUUCUCAUGUUACUGCAUUUGUCCAGAAAUCGCUUAAACAAGCCAAACAGAUGGUUGGUGAAGUCAUGCAGGCAAGCUAUGGAAAUGGUAAUGAAUCUGGGGAAGAAGCAACACCAUGUAUAAGCCUGGAAUCUGAGUCUACUCUUGAUGAUGCCCAGCUUCCAUCCACCCUGAUAGAGAACUGUGUUGCUACAGUUAUUGCAAUCAAGGACCUGAGCGAGCAUCGGCACCCGCCUGCCAAGAUAGCAGGUGUGCUGGAGCGUGCUUUUUUGAUGCUGCGCCCAAGCUGUCCAGAGAACCUCGCGAUCUACAGCGAGAUAGAGAGCUACAUCGCUGUUGUCAAGAGCCAGAUACUAGCCCUUGUGCCAACAACAUCUGGCAAUGCAGCUCUGGCAAUGUAGUCCCAGCCGCGGGAGGGGAUACCCAGGGUCCCUCCGGCGCGGCCCUUGGGUUCAAAAGGCCCUCGGUGAUCCUGGGUGAUUCUACCAAGACUUGUGACGGCAAAUCAGGGCAUCUGGAGUAAGCUCAACUCUCUGCCCUGCAGACAUUAGCUUAGAAAUGCAGCGUUUUGACUAGAAAACGUAGCAUAGAUGUGUUGCUGGACCAAUUGUCCAGCUCGCUUGUAAUCUCUGUGUAUAGAAUAAACCCUUCAGGUUAGGUCUGCUUGGCUUGCAGACCUGAACAGUUCAUUACUCACAGGAACAAUAAGAGAUACCUGUAUUCCCUGUUUU